CAUUCCUAUUGUCCAAGAUGGCGGCCUAGAUACAGGCUUGCUAGUGUUUAUGCUAUUGCAUAUUUUUCUCCCUUUACAUUUUAAUUUCAAAAACGUGUUGUGACCAACAUGCAUGCUUCAGUUUGAUUCGAGUAAUCGUUUAUGUGAAACGGCGACGAAGAGGGACAGCAAUUGCGAACAAAACGGACCCUUUUUGCAAUCGCAAGCAAAAAAGUUUGAGCAUCAUUAAAAAAGAAAUGAAGAGACAGGCCGAGCGGGACUCGAGUCCUGCAAGAGGAAUUGCAAAACGGAUAAGGGAGAGAGAACGAGACCGUGGUGGAAAUCGUAGGGAUGACGGUCCGCCUACACCACUGGCUGCACUGUUAGCCGACAGCCGAAAUUAUCACAAGCGCCAGGUGCGCAGCAGGAGUAGAGAACGCGAAAAGCCCUGGCCAAGGGAGGAGCGAGGCGCGGUUGGAGAGCUCCAUCAUCGCCAACACCAUCACGACCUCGGUCUCAUCGGACGCCCCUCACUGAGGACAACCGCAGUGCCCCCAAAAACAAGCAAAGCUGCAGCAGAACUCCUUAACACCCGCGGAGCCCGCGGUCUGGAGUACAAAACUUUAAUCAUUAGUAACCUAGGCUCGCAGCUGUCCGAUGAGCAUGUGGAAGACGGACUGUUUCACGAGUUUAAAAAGUUCGGAGAUGUCAGCGUUAAGCUCUCCCACACUCCGGAGCUAGGUCGCGUUGCCUACGUGAAUUUCAGACAUGCCGACGACGCGAAAGAAGCCCGCCACUCCAAAGCCAGGUUAGUGCUGUACGACCGUCCUCUUAAAGUUGAACCCAUGUACCUCAGACGCCGUAGCUGCACGCCACCCGAUGUGGGAUACGUGCCUGCACUAGGGGUUUACAACUACCGGCAAAGGUCCCUUUCUCCGGUGCCUGGAGCCAGCAACAUCAGGGACGUUCGAACUAGGCAUUAUGCUGUUGAGGGACAAGGGGUGAGCCGGGAACGGGAGAGGGUUUUGGAUUACUAUAACUUGUUAGAAGACAGGGGGCGGGGCCAUACGUAUCAACCAACGCCAGAAGAUGAAUUGAAGCCUGAGGACGACCAGAGGGCAACCAGGAACUUGUUUAUUGGCAACCUUGAUCACAGUGUGUCUGAGGUGGAGCUCAGGAGAAGCUUUGAGAAGUAUGGGAUCAUCGAUGAGGUAGUCAUCAAGCGGCCGUCGCGGGGCCAGGGCGGGGCCUACGCUUUCCUCAAGUUUCAGAACCUGGACAUGGCGCACAGGGCUAAAGUAGCCAUGCAAGGUUGUGUCGUCGGCGGCAACCCGGUGAAGAUCGGCUAUGGCAAGGCAAACCCCACCACGCGGCUGUGGGUGGGAGGUCUGGGGCCCGGCACGUCUUUAGCUGUGCUCGCCCGGGAGUUUGACCGCUUUGGCAGCAUCCGCACCGUGGACUACGCCAAGGGCGACUCUUGCGCCUACAUCCAGUACGAGAGCCUGGACGCUGCCCAGGCCGCCUGCGCCCAGAUGCGGGGCUUCCCCUUGGGGGGCCCGGAACGGCGUCUGCGUGUGGACUUCGCCAGGGCGGAGGAGGCGCGGGCCUACCCGCCGCAGCAGCAGCUCCAGCCCCCUGCCGGUCCGCCCCAGCCGCACUACGACCUGCUCCCCGAGGCCUACGGCCAGCGCCGCAGCCUGGAGAGGGAGCCCAGAGCCCCCCGCGAACGCAGCCCCGUCCGCGGCCUGUUUGCCGACCGCGACAGGGACAGGGAGAGGGAGCGGGACAGGGAGCGGGGUCUGGCGGACAGAGAGUGGACCAGCCCCUCUAAGAGCCUGGAGCGCCGGGGCAACCCAGAGCCGCUGGGCCGAGGGCGAGGCAGGAGCCGGAGCUCCAGCAGGGAACGCUGGGCCAAGGAGCGGGAGGAGAGGCGCAAGCGCAGGAGCCUGUCGGGCGAGCGGCAGCAGCCAGAGAGGGGCCGGGUCAGAGGGCGGGGGGCGGGGCCAUCCUCACCCACGUCUUUGGACUGCAGCCCCAACAGACCGCGAGGGAGAGCCGGUGAGCCGCCCGCUGAGCCCCCCAGUCAGCCUGCCCCCCCACCCUGCCCUGAGGAAGUGGAGCAGGAGCCCCGUCGCAACCAUGGCGAUCGUAAAACGGACGUGCAGGUGGUGGAGGAGGACAAGGGGGGGCAGGAGCAUGGGGAGAAGCCCCCGGCCGACAACGGCGGGAAGCCAAGCACCCUGUUGGAGUACACGGAGACCCUGACGCGGGUGUGGCAGGGCCCGCUGGUGCUGAAGAACAGCUGGUUCCCCACCAACAUGUACAUGCUGGAGGGGGGCCCCGCCUUCCUGCGCUCCGUCAUGAGGGAGAGCCACACCCAGGGGGGCGGGGUCAGCCAGCUGAAGAUCGCCCAGCGCCUGCGGAUGGACCAGCCCAGGCUGGACGAGGUGACCCGGCGGAUUAAGCUGGGCGGGCCGGACGGCUACGCCGUGCUGCUGGCCGUGCAGGGUCCCGUCGACAGGGCCACGCCCCCUCCUGAACCAGGCCUGCAGAGGAGGCUCCUGCGGAACCUGGUCACCUACCUCAGGAACAAGCAGGCCGCCGGCGUGAUCGGCCUGCCCCUAGGGGGCGCCAAAGAGCAUGAGACGGGCGCCAUGCUGUACGCCUUUCCGCCCGGCGAGUUCUCCCAGCUCUACUUGCAGGCGGUGCUCAGGACCCUGGGUAAACUGGAGGAGGAGCACCUGGUGAUCAUCAUCGUGAAAGACUUGGUCUGAGGGUCUUAGCUUAGCCUUUCUGUUCUUGCUUUUCUGCUGAUUGGUUGAGAGGAGCAGUCGGGUGUCGGGGUGAGGCGGUGGAGUGUACUGGGGUGAGGGAGUGCAUAUCUGGCAAUUCGGUUAGAGGGGCAGGGUCCUGCAAGUGCUGCUAAAUUUUGCAUAACGAACAUGAGUUAGGAUUGCUAUGGGAGAGCAUUCCUAAAAUCAAGCUUUAAGAUAUUGAUCAGUUGUACUCAAUAGAGCAAAUACGGUUGUCUUUUGUACUUUUAAAAUAUAUACAUGUAACAGCACUACCAGAGUUAAUGUUGUUUACACUUUGGAAGUCUUUUUUUCCCCCCCAAACGUUUCAGGCAGGGAGAAUCUUAACAGAUUUUUGAUCCCUCUUCCUAAUGAUCCAGUUUAAUGGAUGAAAAUAUCACUGAUGUGCGAAGGUAAAGAUUCUUUUUUUGUCUUCCUUCCUUCCUGUGUAAUUUGCCUUACUGUUUGUCAGUUUCAGCGGCAGUUGUAUGGAUUUUAGACUAAAUGGUGUUUGAUUCCUUUUUUUUUUUAAGACAGAUGGAAUGUGUUUUAAAAAACUGCAGGUAUGAUGGGUCUUUGAAGCAGUGUUCAACAGACUUAAUUUUAUAUUUUUGUAUUUCUGUCUUAUUUAAAUGAGAGAAGUGUAGUAUGAGGAUAGGUUUGAAUGGACAUAACUACCUCAGCACUGAUCACACCUACUAGAAAUACUCUACAUCGCCAGCAUCAAGCAGUGUAAUUGUUUGAGCCCCCCACCCCCCCCCCCCAGCUCUAUGCUAAGAUAUUUCCAAGGGGCACAUAUUCUUCUAAGCUGAAACAUUUAGGAGUCCACUCGUGCAUCCCAAUUAGUAGAUGUGCUUCUUGGUAAUUAGUAUUUUUCCAGUUAACAAACAUUCAUUUGGAGGUGCAAAUGGUUCUAAAGUAGGAGCUCUGUAGAGCCCUGUUGAGGGUGAAUUCUGUUAUACAAUGCAUUUGGGGAACAGUAGACACUAAAAAAAGGGAAUAAUGCUACAUACAUGGUACUAUUACACUACAAUAAAUGUAGCAUGUCAGUUUUGUACUUUGAAUAUUGUAAAUUCUAGACGACUGUUGUUAUGAAUUUCUGUACAGUGAAAGGUGAAUGAACACUAAGGUCUUGGGUUCUUUUGCGGACCAUCUGUGUUUUUUCAACUUUUGUCAUUCCUCUGCCCCUUAGCGAUUGUGUGUGUGAUGUAGCAAAGCAACUACUUUGAACUUUGAAACUGGAGGAAACCAUUUCCUUACAGAUGUUGUGGCCAUGGUAGAAAGAGGUCAGUUAGCUGUCAGAAUUAAUUACAAAUGUUGGACUACCAAUACAAGAAACAAUAUGUAAAAUGUCCUUUGACUCUAUUUGAAGCUGUUCAUGUUUGCAAAGGGUUUUUUUAAUGAGAACUAACACUUGUGCCCUUUGCUAUUUGCACAAAAAAUGGAAACCACUUCCUUGUUACAUAUCACAUUAGAAUUGUAAUGUGACCAGAGAGAAUGUCUCCUCUUUUACCCGUUUUUUAAAUACUAAAACAAGCUUAUACUUGUAUUUUUUUUGUAUUUUAACUAUGUAUGCUGUAUCAGACCAUCAGUAAAAUAAUUCAUGUUUUGAUUUUUA